AAGAAGAAGUGGUCCAAGGGCAAGGUCAAGGACAAGGCCAACCACGCCGUCGUCCUGGACAAGACCACCUCCGAGAAGCUCUACAAGGAUGUCCAGUCCUACCGCCUCAUCACCGUCGCCACCCUUGUCGACCGCUUGAAGAUCAACGGCAGCCUGGCCCGCCAGGCCCUGGACGACCUUGAGGAGAAGGGUCAGAUCAAGAAGGUCGUCGGUCACUCCAAGAUGAACAUCUACAGU